AUGGCCGGGGCCAGCGACUGGUUUAGCAUCGGCAGCACGGUGCUCUGUAAAACCUGCCAUGAGAAGGAAAUAGAGGGUGAGGUGUUGGCAUUCGAUCCACAGACCAAAAUGCUGAUACUAAAAUCUCCAUCGUCGAGUGGGAGACCCUCAUUAAAUGAUAUACAUAUAGUAAAUUUAUCUCUUGUGUCCAACGUUCAAGUGACGCGAGAAGUUAGUCCUACUACCAGUGAACCACCACAGAGCCUUAAUUUACAAAGGCUAAACACAAGAGUCCGUAAUCAGAUCGAUGAGAAGAGGAGACUAGUAAUGGCUCUGCAGGCCGGAGUAUCUCCAGAGGGACAGAAGCUUUUUAUUGCUAUUGCAAAAACUAUUCAAGAUAUUACGUGGAAUGGAGCUAAUAUCGUUGUAUUUAAUAAUGUCACUAUUAGACCACCGUACAAAGUGGACAAUGUUCAUGGAAACACAGAAUCUGGUGCAUAUAGACAUGUAAAAAAAGUGGUUGAGAAACAUAUUAAGGAUACAUUACAAGCGCAGCAACAACGAGAUCAACAGCAACAGCAAACACAAAAGGGCGGUGAACUGCAAUAAGAGUCCAACAACAAGGCACUAUGUUAUCAAGAUCGCUAUAGCAUAUUUUUGAAGAAGUCCCAAUAUUUGACAAGAAAUAAGAAAAGGAAGAUUUAACAAGAUACCAAACAAAAUAGCCCGACUGCAGAAUAAUUUAAAUAAGCCUAUCGCGGAUAAUCAGCAUUUUCGAGUAAGCUCCAGUCGUUCGUUCAAAUGGAGAUAAGCAAAAACAAAAACGCGUACAUUCGACACGAAAAUUACACAUCGACUUCAAUUCGAGUAUUGUUAACAGUAUCGCAUGUGCAGCAUUUUAUAAAUACAAUCAGACGUACACUUUAUAAAAUUAUUAGUUACCAAUCAACAAGAAAACUACAGAAAAGCAAAUAAGCCAUUUAAUUCGAACUGUACGUGUUCGUCAUAUUAUUAGCACUACAUUCGUACGCGAUGUAUCAUCAACGGCGCCGAAAUCUGUGCUGUAGUUGAAUUCAAGGUCUGUUCAUCGGUUAUCGAUAAGAAUCAACGCAUCUUGGCGUGAUUCGAGAUCGAUUCCUGUUUCUAAAUGAGAGCCUUUGCGUCCACGAGACACAAUGUACACGAUUCAAGCCCGCAUGAAGCGGUCCGAGCUUUCAAGACGUGAUUUUCAAAAUCCGAUAGCAAACGCGUCGCGUGAAAUUAGGAUAAAACGCACGAUUGCUAGAGCGCAUCUUGAACUAAUUCUGUAUAAUUCUAUAUAAUUCAUUAGUUUAGUGGAAUACUUUUCUUGCAACUGUUGGAAGUUUUCUUCGCGCGUUGAUUGAAUUAUAUUUCUACAUCUAAAGGAAUAGUCCUAUCUCGACGGAGAAAAUUUCCAACCGUUGUAAAAUAUAAAUAUUCUGCUGAGAACACGAUCAAUCUAUAAUUCUCGGCAAUAAAUCAAUUUACCAUCUGCAAUAUUAUCGCGAUAAAAUCAUCCCGCGGUUUUACUUUUACUCAACUGACAGAAAUAUAAUAUUGCAAACCACGAUUAUAUUGCUGAAGUUAAUUAA